AUGAAUAAUUAUCUAAGCAGUCGUAGUCUUAGAGGCAUUUGUGUUUGCCAGAAUAUCCUCAAAUCUUGCAGAAUCAGGUCGUCUGCGUUACAACGGGUUGAAUGUCAGAGAGGUAUCCUUACAGAUCAUGUAAAAGUUCCAUCUGGCAACGAGUUUCUGUCAAAAUCACUUAAUAAUUUUUCACGAUGCACAACGGUACAGAGGCGUCUCUCCGGCAGGCCAGGUGGUGCUAUGAAUGUAUUUGACAGAACCAUGAAGCGACAACAGAAGAAAUGGGCAUUCUCUUUAGAAGACAACAACAAAUAUGAUUAUCUAAGAGACGAGGUUGGCAGCAGAGUUGCAGACAGAGUUUACGAUAUUGCGAGAACAUUCCCGUUGGCUCUAGAUGUGGGUUGUGGAAAAAGUCACAUUGCUGAACAUUUAAGCAAGGAAGUAGUUGAACGCUUUUUCCUCACCGAUAUAUCAGAUAGUUCACUGAGGCUUAAAAAAGAUUGUGAGAUGCCGACCCACUGUGUGAUGGCAGAUGAGGAGUUCCUGCCUUUUAAAGAAAACACCUUUGACCUGGUGGUUAGCAGUCUCAGCCUACAUUGGAUCAACGAUCUCCCUGGAGCUUUAAGACAGAUCCAUCAGGUCCUGAAACCUGACGGUGUGUUCAUCGGGGCAAUGGUUGGAGGAGAGACAUUGUAUGAGUUGCGUUGUUCUUUACAGCUGGCGGAGCUGGAGAGAGAGGGGGGGUUCUCCCCCCACGUGUCUCCCUACACGGCCGUCACAGACCUGGGCAACCUCCUGGGCCAGGCUGGCUUCAAUAUGCUCACUGUGGACACUGAUGAAAUUCAGGUUCAUUAUCCUGGCAUGUUUGAAGUCAUGGAUGACUUGCAAGGGAUGGGCGAAAGUAACUGUGCUUGGAAUAGAAAGUCUCUUUUACACAGAGACUCUAUUCUAGCAGCAGCUGCCAUCUACAAAGAAAUGUACGGCAGCGAGGAUGGGUCUGUUCCCGCCACUUUUGAGAUCCUGUACAUGAUUGGCUGGAAACCACACGAAUCACAGGCAAAACCAGCAAAAAGAGGCUCGGCUGACGUGUCUUUCGCUGACCUGUCAAAGAUUGGCCAACCGGAAUCCAGCAAGAAAUCAUAG